AUGCUCCGUCGCUUAGUCUCGUCCAUAAGCGAUCAACCCGAGUCCUAUCAGACCAACGACCACAUGUCACCUUCGCCAGGAGAUGCGCCCUCAUCGCCAGACUCGAUUCGCCCGAGCGGCCUGGCGAGCGUUUUCAAGGGCCUGACCGGCGCCAAAUUGACCAAAUCCCCCCCGCCGAGCCUCAAGUCCGCCUCCUCCAUCCUGUCACCCAAAGCCGACCACGUCAACGCCACUCGGACCAAUCUCACCGGUUGGUCGCCGACCCAUAUGGAGUCCUUGCAGGUGCUCAGAAACGGCAAUGGCCCUGUCGGCGAACGUGUCACUGCUGCGAACUCGCUCCGAUUUGCUGUCGCGGAACACCCAAUGAACCCCGUGCUAGAGAUAUGGGAUGUCGGAAAGGCAAUGAUCACGCCGAAUAAAUCGGACGCGGAGCGGACUGCUGGCUGGGAGCUUCUGUCAGAGUGCGUCAAGCACAAGGCCUCGUCAGAUCUGGAGCGCCAGAGUUUCUUCGAAACCCUCAAGUCCCCUGCUCACGCCAACGACUUCCACUUGCAACUCGCUGCCGUUGUAGAUCUGACUGCACACGGCCGAGACCUAUCUGGGUUCGACUAUCAAGUCAUUCCGCAGCUUGAAAUAUGGCUCCGUGAAGCUUAUCAGGCUGUCAGAGCGGCAAGGAAGCAGGCCAGCCGAGACGCCAAGAAGAACACUGGUAAGGCAAGAUUUUCCGCUGCUGGGGAAGAGAAGAACCUGCACCAACUCUUCAAUUUCAUCGGCGAAAUCAUCAAGUUCAAUUCCAACGUAGCCAACGAAAAGUCCAUGACCAAUCUCAUGAAAGUCUUGGUCACCGUUUGUCUCACCACGACCAUCGAGGAGGAUCUACGAGCUUCCAUCAAUGUUAUUGAUACCAUCGUAACCUUCGGUGCCUUGCCCACCGCAAGCUUCAAGGAGUGCGUCCUGGUUCUAGGUUCAAUAUUCUGUCUCGUGCCGAGUCUGUCCAAGAUCGCCUGGCACACCAUAUCGAUUCUGCUGAAAUCGCACAACGGCCCUGCGGCCGUGAGGGUCCUGGUCGAUCUGUUGCGGCAUCUUCCAGAAAAUGGUACCAGCAAGGGAAAGGAUACCAGGGAUAUUAGAGGCGUACUGGCCGUCCUGGAAAAGCUGUUGACGAAGAGCACGGAGAAGGGAUAUCCACCUGUGCCUUUUGCUCUACUCCUUGAUGGAUUGGUUGCAGCUGUUAAAAGCACCGAUUCCGGCCGAGUCCACUGUGCCGUCCUCAAGUUGAUCAAUUCUCUUUUCCGGGAUGGCGGUGGCAACAUCCACCAUCUGAUCAUCGAGGAGGACUGGUCAACGCUUUUAAAUAUUGCUGCAGAAUGUUCCAAAAAGGCACCGUCCGGCAUCCUCAUCAACAGCGAGGUAGCUGCCCUCGCAAAUGAGCCAGACCGACCAGAUGGCGCAAUAGGUGUCGAGUUGCUGAAGCUCAUAGCGCGCCUGGAGGAGCUGGCCGCGCAAAAGUCGGGUGAUUUUGUUCCGCGACAGAUCAUCAUAAAGUUCUUCAUCGAGAUCCACGCUAGACUCCCAGACUCGGCGGCGCGCUGUGUUCUCACCUACUUCCAGGAAUUUCGAUGCUGCUCGCCUUCGGACUUGCAGUGGGAGGAGAACCUGGCUUUGGUCCUGAAGGAAUUCUACGCCAACCGAAGCCGCAGCUCUGAGACCCGCCUGUUGUCGCUCCAGGCUGUAACGGAGUCUUACGAUAUGCUGGAUCUCAUUGGUGAGGGGCUCGGCGACGACGACUGCGUUCCGAACCUGAUCAAAGACCUUCUUCACAAUAUUGCCGAUGAGACCAACCUCCUGGUGCUUGAGUCUGUAGUGGCUUUCAUGGUCUCUGUCGCCGUUUCCUCAGAUCUUGAGCUCUUCAACUACAUUACGGACACGCUCAGAACGAUCGUAGUCAAUGAUCGUCUGCUAUCACCCAUCGCCUCCGCUGCGUCUCGGCCGACGACACCCGUUAGUGGCGAAACAGUGGCUCCUCCCAAGAGUUAUACGUCUUCCGGGGUCGUGACAAGAGGAUAUGUCAAGCUGUUCAUGCGAUGUAUGAACUUGGAUGGACCCAAGACCCUCAAACUCUUUGACGCACUUGUCAAUAUUGCGAAAACGAGCCAUUGCAAGACCGAUGCCCGGCUGACUGCGAUGAAACUCCUCUUCCGACUUCGAGCGGAUUGGGCAAAUCGUGUUUUCCUGAUCAAUGACACGGAAUCCGACGGUCUCGCGGCAGCACUCCUUCACACAGCUUCUUCUCGAGCAAAGAAGCAAGCUGAAGACGCUGCUCAACCCACGAGACCCACCAGAGCAGAUCAAGGCGCUGUCUCCCGAUCUACAAGAGGGAUUUCAUUCAGCAGCUCCGGAACUCAAGACAGAGUCUUUCCGGUCCGUUCUGCCAGCGGGGCGAAAUCGUCCUCCCCGUACAAGCAACUCUGGGCGCUGCCUGACCCUGAGGCAUUGCCCGAGUCUCCAUCGGCGAUUGCAAGCCCUAUCCUAGUAUCGUUUGUCGAGGACCUAAACUCAGAGACCGCGGAAGAAAGGGAGCUAUCCACCGUGGAGUCGAGGCAAACCGCAUUGAACAUGGACUCUUGGCUCGACACGAUUGUGCACAUUAUCGAAAACGGCAGCGAAUGGGAGAUCUACAGCAUGGUGUUGGUUCAUCUGCCCUCGCAACUUACCAACCACGCCAUCUUCCGGAGCGCGGUACCGCAGAUUCAAGAGCUUCGCCGAGUUACGUGCGAGCAAAUCAGGACGAACAGCUUCCAGGAGCCGCCAAACUCCACAAGCCUGCGACGCGCUGAUGUUGCCAUUUGUCUUUUUCAUACUCUGACAAUGAUUCUCAGUUACCACGAAUACUUCCUCAAGGACCAAGAGGACGAAAUUGUGCAAGCCUUUGUCAAGGGUAUCUCGACGUGGGAGCGUUGCGCAAAAUAUUGCAUCCACGCGUUAUCAAUCUGUUGCCAUGAAUUGCCUCUGUCCACCAGCAAAACGCUGGUGCAGAUGUUACAGAAGAUGGCACAAAUCAUUACACAACCCCACGUCGCAAUGCAUAUUCUCGAGUUCCUCGCUUGUCUGAGCAGAAUGCAAAACCUGUACGUCAACUUCAGAGAAGACGAGUACCGCAUUGUAUUUGGAAUCUGCAUUCGUUAUCUCCAGUACGUGCGCGACAAGAAGCAGGCCCAACGAGGCAGCCUACACAGCGAAGCAGCAACACCGACCGGAUCUACUUCUGACCUUUUGCAUCCGAAUGCUGCAGAUGAUCUGCCUCAGUACGUGUAUGCUCUGGCGUACCAUGUCAUCACGUUCUGGUUCUUGGCUUUGAAGCUGCCGGAUCGUGCCAACCAUGUCGGCUGGAUUGCCAAGAACCUGCUAAGCGACGUCGACGGUGGGCAGAAUCCUGAAGAGCAAGCCCUUGUCACACUCGACUUCAUGCAAAGGGUCGCCUACGCGGACGCAGACGAAUCUUCCGAGGACCUUCUCUUUACCAAGGAGCGAUUCGGGGAGAUUUUGAAGCGAAGAUGGUUAAUGGGCAAUAGCAUUGUGACAAUUGAGCAGUCGACAACGACUGGUUGGUCACAAAUUACGAAGCGACAACCGUCGGGAACAUCCUCCUACAUUGUGCAUGAGAACUUCCGACCACGCCCGGCCCACCAAGCUCAGUACAUCUCUGAUGUCUCGAGAGAUGGGCAGGUGACCAACAACAAUAUCCUUCCCAGCCACUUGAUGGUGCAGUUGAUGACUUCGACUCCUCAAACGCAAGACACUGCCCGGCCUAUUCCUCUCCCCAACGACGAAGCGACUCAAAGAACUGUGCGUGUUUUUGACCGUAAUUCAACUGUAGAUGGACACAAGGUCGGAGUGGUAUAUAUUGGCGAAGGCCAAACAGAAGAGACGGAGAUCCUUGCCAACGUCUCGGGCAGCAGCGACUAUGUGGCUUUCCUGAACGGUUUGGGCGCUCUGACGAGGCUGAAAGGGUCCAAGUUCAAUACUCAGGGACUCGACAGAGAGUAUGACACCGAUGGCGAGUACACCUUUUGCUGGCGCGACAAGGUGACCGAAAUGGUGUUCCAUGUCAUCACGCAAAUGCCUACAAACCUCGAACGAGACCCUCAAGUCAUUUUGAAAAAGCGACACAUCGGCAACGACUUUGUCAACAUCAUUUUCAACGACUCUGGCAUGCCCUUCAGGUUCGACACGUUCCCGAGUGAGUUCAAUUACGUCAACAUCGUUAUCACUCCAGAGGCGAGGGCGUCGUUCCUCACCAUCAGAGAAAAUCCGCCGAGCGAAGGGAAGCAUCCACCGUUCUACAAAGUACAGGUGAUGAGCAGACCCGGCUUUCCCGAAAUCUCGCCCGCAUCAGAGACAAAGAUGGUCAGCCUGAGGGCUUUGCCAGGAUUCAUCCGACUUUUGGCUCUCAAUGCCUCCGUUUUCUGUCUGGUAUGGGCAAAUCGCGAAGGCGGCGAGCAUGUCAGUUCAUGGCGCAACAGACUGAGAGAGAUCAAGCGCCUACGCGACAAAUACGGCCCUAAGAACAACACCGCCGGCGUCCAUCAGUCAUCGCAUCCCCCCCAUCUGAGUCACCUGAAUAGUGCUUCGACACCUUCGCCGCCGCCCACAUCAUUGGGCGGCGCAGUCGUCGGCAACAGUCACCUCAUAGCACAAGGUGCAGAUGCGUCCAAGUCUGCGGCCAAUGUGCGCGACAGCUUUAGCAGUCUGCGCCGGUCCUCUGUCGCAACUUUCUUCACGAGCACUAGCGAGCAAACCAGCCAUCGGAGCUCUAUGCUCUCUACCACUACCAACGACACAGAAGUUUCGCCAGGAAACGGACUCGACGCCCUUGUUGAGUCGGUCGACUUCUCCAAGUGGGCAUAA